GCGGGGGGCAGGGGGGGGAGCCUGCACACCUAGGGGCCCGGCUGCUGCUGUUCCACUGGUCAGGGAGCCACCGGAGGGAAGACAGGCCAGCUCCCCUCACCCCAUGCCCAGGGUGGCCAUAGCCCAGCUCUGUCCCCAAAUUCCCUCUAAAGAGAACCCCCCAGAGGCCCACUGGGCUGGCCACCUGUUCACAGGGCCUCAGUUUGCACAUCUGUAAAAACAAGGCUGUACCAUCAGCCCAUACCACCGACCUGGGCGCCUGUCAGGGACGCCUGAGGUGCGAGCCAGGCAGUGUCCCCUCAGUCCCCUCGCAGCUCUGGGGUGAAGGGCCAGGGAAAGAACAGUGAAUUCCAGGCACGGACAAGCUGAGAGCUGGAGGCCCCACCCCAGACGCCACCCUCCCUGCCCCGGGGAUGGCAGCCCCCAGCCCCCGGCUCCUUCUAGGGGCCCAGGAGACCCCUAUUGUACCACGGGGUCCCUCUGGCUGCCUGGUCUCCUGGGCAGGCAGGUGGGGGUGUGAGGACUGGGCCCACAGAGGGAGCAGGGUUCAGAGGACAGGCUGCCGCCAACCCCACCCGCCUUGCCCGGUGAUUCAUGGGCCGUCCCUGAGGAUAAAUACUCGCUGGCGGCUGGAAGUAAAAAUACACACGGGCAUUUUGGCGUGCUCCCCCUUCCUGGCUGCCGAGCAGGGCACAGCCCACAGGACGCGGAGAUAACCGCUCUGUUGUGAGAGAGAGCUCGGUGCCACUCGGUGACAGCCCAGCCUGACCAAGGGUCCUGGCCUGGCUGGCAGGGACACACAGGGACAGUACAACGGUGUUUGUGCCCAGCCUGGGUGAUGCAUGCGGCCCAUAGCUGCUGUGGCAUGGGUUACGGCUAAAGCCAUAUGUGGCCCACAAAACGGUGAACCUUCGUCCAGUCAGAGAGGAACAAGCCCUCGGACUGGCAAGAAGAAGGGUGCAGGCCCCCGCCCCCCACUGCUGCUCCUGGAGAGAAGGACCACCACACAGACCCCACACUGGCAUGGGGGGAAGGGUGUCCUUGCCAAAGCCAGAGGGAGGCUUUGCACCUGCUAACGUGGCCUCACUGGCCGGUGAUGCCUAUUGUUGUAAUUGGAAUUCGACUCGAUUGUCUUCAGCUUGUAUUUGGGAUUUGAGACUAAAAGCUCACAUGCUGGUCUAAGGUUGACCUUAACCGUCAUCCAUGAGGAACGCGAUCCGAGGAAGGGACCUGGAGAAAUUCUCACCCUUCCUAUGAAAGGUGGCAAGUCCCGGGGCAGAGGGGAGGGGCUUCUUGUGCUUGUUGCCCUCCCCCAACAUGGCCCAACAGGGCAGCUGCAUGGGGCCUGGUUGGGAGAGCCUGGGAGACCCCGAAUGGACUGCUCCCUGGAGAGCCACUGAGCGUCAUGGGCUCAGCACAGACCCCACAAGCCAGGGUCUGAUGCCCACGGCAGUGAAGCUGUGAGCAAACACCACCGUCGGAUUGGAGGCAGGGCUCAGGGACAGGCCUGUUCCCAGAGACAGGAGGCCAGGUGGACCCAAGGGGCCAGGAGGGGGGUGGGUUAGCUUGCGAUCCCCACAAACACAUGUAACCUAGAAAUGAGACCCUAUUUGGACAAAGGGCCUUUGCAGAUGUGAUCAAGUGAAGAUGGGGUCUUACGAGAUUAGGGGGUGCCCUGAAUGACGCCUGCGAGGCUGUGCCCCCCCAAUGAAAGGGGGACUGAGGGCUUGGGGCGAGGCCUCCCACUUCCCUGAAGACUCAGAGCACCGUCGCGUCCCCAAAAUACACCCCACAGUGACUGAGCAGCCGCCAAGAAAGCGACCUGCUUUCUGUGCACUAAGAAUGAAUGCCCAUACCCUGCUCUCAACAAAGGCCUGGUCUGCUGCAGGGGGACAAGCGUUCCCUCAUGAGCCGUCACUUAAGCAGGUAUUGGGGGUCUUCCCAGCCCAGGGGCUAAGAGUACAAAGGACAGAACACGCCGGCCCCCAGGAGAGUCCCUGGCAGGUUCUGCCUGGGGACGUUUUUUUCCCAGGAAGGUGGUUCCUGCUUAUUCAGUCGUCUUAUUCCGUCGUCUCCAGAGCACCUGGAAGGGCGUGGGCCUAUUUGUCUACGUUUCACACGAUAGCUACAGAUGGAGCUGAGUUUCUCAGACGGGUGAGCCUACCACAGAGAUACGGGGCUGUCAGGGACUUCACUGAAUUUCCACUGGAGGCCAAUUCAUCAAGGAUGAAGCAGACGGGGGCUGAAAGGAGGCGCAGGGCUUCUCUCAGAAUCUGGCCUGGGGAACCAGCACCUCAUCCUUGGGGACAUUCUCAAGCGCGUCACUCAGAAAGACAUUCAACCUGUAAACAGACCCAGCAGAUCGGGGAUGGGGGUAACAGGAACAACGCAGGACGGAGCCCAGGCCACCGGCUGCUGGAGCACCCUGUCUCCACAACUGAGAGGGAACAGCUCAGACAAUCGCCGCCCGCCCGUCACCACUCCGCAGCGGCUGAGUCCUUCAUCUGCCACACAGAUGAUAUCUGUCCACUGCUCACCCACCCUAGUGGUGGUUGUUCCUCCAACAUGCGCCCCAGGAAACUCAGCUGGAGAUCCCAAAUGCUAUUUGUGGCCUCCCCGGGGGGUAGUAAGAUGGGGCGGGGUUAGUUCCCCCAGCUGCCCUGUUAACUCCAGGAGACGGGCAUCUGCUGCACACCCAGUCACCCUUACCGGCAGCAGGACCCCUCUCCCCACAUGCACCCCCAAUACCCACAGCUCGGCCAGGCAGGAUGGGGAGAGGGGCGGAGGGGCACAGACAGCGUCUGUCUGGUGCACGGUUGUAUGCCUCGCCCAGCCUGGCUUAAAUAUUUGUGGGAUGAGUUUCAGCUGACAGGCAACCCCCUCCUGGCCCAGCUGGCAGCGUUGGCUGUCCCGGUGUCCUACAGGGGAGCCAGCCCCACCCUGGAGGAGACAAGCCCUGCACAGAUCCUGUUCCUCACGGACAUCUCGGUCAAGUCUCUGAUUUGGGUUUCUAAUUUGGGGGGUGUGGGAGCUCACGGUGCCUUUAAAAAAAAUAAUGGGGCCGGCCGAGUGGCUC